AUGAUUACAGCAAGAUAUGGCAGAAUUGGCUUACUGAUAUUGCUGCCAUUUUGCGUGCUUUUAAUGGUGUAUUAUGGAUACUACAACAGUCAAAACAGAUAUCCGCCUUACAAAUACGACUACAAGAGUCAGCAAGACAAGAAUCAGACUGCAAGAGAAAACGCUGCUUUUGUGGUGUUGGCACGAAAUGCAGAUCUGAAUGGACUCCGAGAGUCGAUGCAGAUGAUGGAAGACAGGUUCAACAAGAAAUUCAACUAUCCCUGGGUCUUUUUGAACAAUGAACCCUUUGACGAUAAAUUCAAAGAGUGGACUACUGGGUUGGCUUCUGGUAAAACCUAUUAUGGUGAAUUAACGCAAGAAAUGUGGGGAUACCCUGAUUGGAUAGAUCAGCAAAAGGCAAAGGAAUCAAGAGAUGCUAUGCAGGCAGCAGAGGUGAUUUACGGUGGACUUGAAUCCUAUCGCCACAUGUGUCGAUUCCAAAGUGGCUUCUUUUUCCGACACCCUUUGAUGGAACAAUUUGAUUACUAUUGGCGUGUAGAACCUGAUGUCAAAUUCACUUGUGACAUUGACUAUGAUCCUUUCAAAGUGAUGCGAGAAAAGGAUCUAAAAUACGGGUUUGCCAUCUCACUGCACGAAUAUGAAAACACCAUCCCCACCUUAUGGGAGACCACCAAGCAAUUCAUGGCAAAAUAUCCUCAACAUAUUAUACCUGCAAAUGAUUCUGAGAGCUUAAUGAGUUGGGUCACCAAUGAUGGAGGGAACACGUAUAACUUGUGUCACUUUUGGAGUAACUUUGAGAUUGCCUCCUUGGCAUUCUUGAGAUCUCAGGCUUACUUGGACUAUUUCAAUUACCUGGACAAGGCGGGCGGUUUCUUCUAUGAGAGAUGGGGUGAUGCUCCAGUGCACAGUAUUGCUGCCGCUCUAAUGCUCAAGAAGUCUGAGGUGCAUUUCUUUUAUGAUAUGGGCUAUUUCCAUAAUCCCUUCAAGAAUUGCCCUAGUGAACCGGGAUGGCUUGCAGCUGAAAAGUGUAGCUGUGAUCCAGCAGACAGUAUGGAUGACCAUUGGUGGAGUUGCACACCUGAAUUCUUAAAGCUUGUUGGCAAGCAAAGGACUGAUUUCCUCAUCACAGAAAGAUAUUAG